GUAAUUUAUUUAUAAGAAAAAGAGCCAGAGCCAGAAAAGCAAAAGGGAAAACAUAAUUAAUUAAGCAGAAGAAAAAGAACAAGUAUGGCCGCGAGCUCCGCUAGUUGCUGCCUCAACCGUCUUUCCCCCCCGCCGGCGACCAGUACCCUUCCUUCUUCCUUCCCCGCCAUCCAACUUCCACGGUUCAACGGCGAAAAGUUGAGGAGCCACUGCGUGGUGGGGAUGGCGUGCAUGGUGAUCGGCCUCGAAACCGCCGGCAGCGAUUGGACCGCCGGCGCCAUGAUGAGUUCGUCGGGUGCAGCCGACGCCGGGGAUCUGCUGGAGAAAGUAACGGCGGGAGGUAACGAGAAAUUAACAAGGGGCCCACGGUGGAGCGACAAGCGGAUGUGUCCUUCGUGGCAACUCAACUCGCUGGAGACCAUAGUCCCAGAGAAUCUGCCUCGGCCGUCGGCGAGCAGGAGAUCGGAGUCCGUCGAAUUAACCGGUGGUGGGUCGGCGAGGGAUUCCCCGGCGGCCGGUGAUGGAGGGUUUGUCAAGCGUGGGGGUAGAUUGGGAAGCUGCUUUUCGAUGUGAUCAGAUCAGAUCAGAUCAAGUUGUGUUCCAAUAAUGUAGGAGUUGAGUUGGUGUCACCACCAUGUGGAUGUAAAUAAUAGAUAUUUACGCACGCACAAAAUUGUCAAAAUCAGGA